AUGCAAGAUUAUGCGCAACAAGAGAAAGAGUUCCAGGCAGGAAUUCCACCACGUCUCGUUUCUGUGUUUUAUACAAUAUUUGAUGAGGAGAAAGGGCCUAAAGUAGUAUUUGAAGUUCCGGAAGGUUCAAUAAUUCCCACAGAGUCUUCAACUCCUAUCAUUGAUUUCGAUUCCAUUUCAGAAUACAUUAUUCCUAAACCAAAAUUAUGUGGACACUUGAUUAAUAUUUCUACAGAUACUUACAAAGUAUUAGGACAUCCUAUCAAUAUCAAAGAUGAAAAUUAUCCAAGAAAUUUUUUUCUAUUCAAUCUUUGUUUUGUGUUUGCUUAUAAUGCUGAUACUUCUAGUUAUGAACCAGUCGUAAGAAAGGUUGCAAGGGUAUUGACUUCAUUGGAGAUUGAAAGCAAAUUUCUAUCAAAUGAAUCAACUAAAGGUUUUAUGUAUAAUAUAAUUGAACAAAUAUUAGAAGAUCUUAACAGUUAUUGUGAAUGUCAAAUUCCAAUAAGUGAAGAUCCAUCAAGUACAAUCAAUUUAAAAUUAUUCCCAACAUAUAGAAAUCCAUCAACAGUGUAUGAUUAUCAAGUCCCUAUAUGUACAGUAAAUCUUGGAGCAUUGAUGGAUGCUAAUUGGGAUAUAACAAUGAAAAAAAUUGCAACUCGUAUAAAUGGAAUACAUCAUGUUAAGAAAAUAGCAGAAUUAGCAGAUGUUAAUUAUGUGCUUGCAAGAAAAUGCAUGGAGCAUUUAUUGUAUUAUGGUUGCAUUAUAAUUAUUGAUAUUUUUCAGUUUUCAAAUGUUUAUGCAGUUAAGCCUGAUAUAACAAAAAUAAUAGAGGAUGAAACAUUACAAAGUGAAUGUUUGUUGUAUGUUAGAAAACCAAAUUUAAUGCCACCUUCAUUUGCCAAACUUUUUUCACUGUAUUGUUCACUUAAACAUGGAGAUACAGUGAAAGAAUGGAUAAAAGAAAAUAAAGUGUAUAACCUGAACAUUGAUAUCAGGAGAUUUAUUUCAUUCGGAGUGAUUAAAGGGUUUCUGUAUCGUGUUCAUAAAUAUCCAAUAUUACAAAAAUCAAUUGAUGGCAAUGAUAAUAAACAUAUUAAUCUAUCACCUAAAUUACAAAGAUUGCUUAAUGGUAAACACCAUUAUGAUGAAAUAUGUACAAUGGAAAACUGUAGCGUUAGAGAGUUGGACGAAAAAUUAUCCAAAAUACUUGAAGUAAAAUUCAUAUGGAGAUAG